UUUUAGAUAUUUCAUUUUAAUUAUUUUGAACGUUAUCCACCUGACAGUAUCCAUCAACGGACUCAACAUAAGAGCGUUCGAAUUCUCCGGCGGCCGCUUCACAGAGUUCGCGUCCUCAUGAACUCCACCGUCUUCCUCCUCUCCUUGCCGUUGCCGCCGCCCACAAUCAACCGUCUCCGAGCCUCCUCCAUCUCCGCCGCAACCUCUCUUCCCCACCUCCCAAGCCUGCCCUACAGGAAAUCCACUCCCUCUGCAUCUCCUCUCUUCCUCCCUAGAAGAAACCCUUUCCGAGUCUUCUCCGACGAUGGCGACGGAGAUAGCGGUGGUCCCGAUGACUACGACAUGGACGACGAGGAAAUGGAGGAAGUCGACAACAAGAAAGAUUUCGACAUCGAGUACGAUCCUCUAGCCGCGGCGGCAGCUGCAGCAGCGGGUUCCGACGGCGUCGGCGACGAGAAUAUCUCGAUUGUGCAGAGCAAAAGCUUCGUGUCCACACAGGGAUGGGAUUCGGAGAUGAUUGUGGAUUAUAGGAUAAAUGAGGAGGAAUUUCAUAAGAUUAGUUUGUUGCACUGUGAUUUCUUCAUUAGGAAGCCGCCGGAUCCCGAUAAUGAUGUUUAUGAUUUCAGAGAGAUGUACGUUACUCCUCCAGAUACUGAUGUUUAUGCCAUCCCCAAAGUUCUUGCUCCAAUGCCUCAGAAGUAUAUUAGAUGUGCUCAGAGUGAUUAUGGAUGCUACAAUGUCACAGAACCACCUAUUGAUGCACCUAGAGAUCCAUUAUACAAGUCCGAAAAGGAGGUUCUUAAGGUUUUCUUGACGAAGCACUUCAGAAACCGAAGGCUGCGGGACCCAGAAUUUGUCCUAGACUUUGAGGAAAUAUAUGUAAUUGAUUCAAAAACCAAGUCAAUCACCAGGGCAAGAGUCCUGGUAACAGUUCCAGGAGGAAGAGAUAGGGACAGGAGAAGCGACUUGCUUGUAGUUCGAGACAACGGGAACUCUUUCAAGAUCAUCCAUUCGAGUGAACGAGAUGACCCGACCACGGUGAUAGAGAAAGAAGAGUGGACCAAAACUAGACAAGAUAUGGAGAGACAUCUUAGGAAGUUAAGGGACUUCAGCAUUUCAAAUUGGUUUUAAACAACACCAUUCAACCUGCAAAAGUCGUCUCAGAAUCCUCAUCUCUUUAGAAGUGAGGACAAGAAAUGUGAUUCCAAAGUUUCAAGCAUGAUUUGGACGGCCAACUUACCUGUCAAGAUGAUUCUCUCGUGCGAGUUCUCAACGUAUCUCCUGCCUGUGCUCUUGUGAUCGGUAUUGAGUUCCUUUAUGGCUAGUUUGCACUUGCAAUGAUUGUUCUUGAUUCAAAUUCUACUCGCUUUCAAUUCUCGUCACGAGAUAAGAGUCGAUGAAUCUAGGAGAGGUAGUUUUUUUUUGUAGAUUUGUAAUGCUGAUAGAAUUCACAAAAGCUAUUGACAUGUAAGGAGAAAACAAAACAAAACUGUAUGAGGGCUUCUAGCUAGCUUCCAAUGAGAGUAUUUUCUAUUGUUAGUAGUGAAA